CCUCUAGACACCUCCCCUCUCUCGGGAGGAUGAGACAGCCAGGGUGCUGUGGCGGAGCUGUGGUUGCUGGGUGACAGUCGGGAGCUGGGACGGAGUGAGUGUCCGCUGGCGGGUGGCGACGCCCGGGGUGACCUUCGAGCUCCGGACAGGCGCAGCGCGAGCGCCCUGACGGGCCGGGGCGGCGGGCCGGGCAAGAGCGACGGGCGGCCAGCCUGUGGCAAGGCCUGUCCAGGACUGAAGAUCGAGCCCCUCACAGGCCCCACAUUCUAGGUGCAUAAUGGCAGAAACCGUAUCUCCACUGAAGCACUUUGUGCUGGCAAAGAAAGCCAUCACUGCAAUCUUCAGCCAGUUACUGGAGUUUGUUACUGAGGGCUCACAUUUUGUUGAAGCAACAUACAGGAAUCCAGAACUUGAUCGAAUAGCGACUGAGGACGAUCUGGUGGAGAUACAGGGUUACAAAAACAAGCUUGCUGUCAUUGGGGAGGUGCUGUCUCGGAGACACAUGAAAGUGGCGUUUUUUGGCAGGACAAGUAGUGGCAAGAGCUCUGUCAUCAAUGCGAUGCUGUGGGAUAAAGUCCUCCCCAGCGGGAUUGGUCACACAACCAACUGCUUCCUGAGUGUCGAGGGAACCGACGGAGAUAAAGCCUACCUUAUGACCGAAGGGUCGGAUGAAAAGAAAAGUGUGAAGACUGUUAAUCAGCUGGCCCAUGCCCUCCAUAUGGAUAAAGACUUGAAAGCUGGCUGUCUCGUGCAUGUAUUUUGGCCCAAAGCAAAAUGUGCCCUCCUGAGAGAUGACCUGGUUUUAGUAGACAGCCCAGGGACAGAUGUCACCACAGAGCUGGACAUCUGGAUUGACAAGUUCUGCCUUGAUGCUGAUGUCUUUGUUUUGGUUGCAAACUCGGAAUCCACACUAAUGAACACGGAGAAGCAUUUUUUCCAUAAGGUGAACGAGCGGCUCUCUAAGCCAAACAUCUUCAUUCUGAACAAUCGUUGGGAUGCUUCUGCCUCAGAGCCAGAGUAUAUGGAGGACGUGCGUCAGCAGCACAUGGAAAGAUGUCUUCACUUCUUGGUAGAAGAGCUCAAGGUUGUGAGUCCUUCAGAAGCUCGGAAUCGGAUCUUUUUUGUUUCAGCCAAGGAAGUUCUCAACUCCAGAAAGCAUAAGGCCCAGGGGAUGCCAGAAGGUGGUGGGGCACUUGCAGAAGGAUUUCAGGCAAGAUUACAGGAAUUUCAAAAUUUUGAACAAACUUUUGAGGAGUGUAUCUCGCAGUCAGCAGUGAAAACAAAGUUUGAACAGCACACUAUCAGAGCUAAACAGAUACUAGACACUGUGAAAAACAUACUGGACUCAGUAAACGUGGCAGCAGCAGAGAAGAGGGUUUAUUCAAUGGAAGAAAGGGAAGACCAAAUCGAUAGACUGGACUUUAUCCGAAACCAGAUGAACCUUUUAACACUGGAUGUUAAAAAGAAGAUCAAGGAGGUCACAGAGGAGGUGGCAAACAAGGUUUCUUGUGCAAUGACAGAUGAAAUAUGUCGCCUGUCUGUUUUGGUUGAUGAGUUUUGUUCUGAGUUUCAUCCUACCCCCAGUGUACUGAAAGUGUAUAAGAGUGAAUUAAAUAAGCACAUAGAAGAUGGCAUGGGAAGAAAUUUGGCUGAUCGGUGCACCAAUGAAGUCAAUGCCUCCAUUCUUCAAUCUCAGCAAGAAAUCAUUGAAAAUCUAAAGCCACUACUUCCAGCUGAUAUACAGAAUAAACUUCAUACAUUAAUCCCUUGCAAAAAGUUUGAUCUCAGUUAUGAUCUCAAUUGCCACAAGCUGUGUUCAGAUUUUCAAGAGGACAUUGUGUUUCAGUUUUCCCUGGGCUGGUCUUCCCUUGUACAUCGAUUCCUGGGCUCCACAAAUGCACAGAGGGUGCUGCUCGGGCUGUCAGAGCCAAUCUUUCAGGUCCCUAGAUCUUUAGCUUCAACUCCUACUGCUCCUUCUCAUCCAGCAACACCAGAUAAUGCAGCCCAGGAAGAGCUCAUGAUCACCCUCAUCACAGGAUUGGCGUCCCUCACGUCUAGAACCUCCAUGGGCAUCAUAGUUGUUGGGGGUGUGAUUUGGAAAACGGUGGGCUGGAAACUCAUCUCUGUCACCCUAAGUAUGUAUGGAGCCCUGUACCUUUACGAACGGCUGACGUGGACGACCCGUGCGAAGGAGAGAGCGUUUAAGCAGCAGUUUGUGAACUAUGCAACGGAAAAGCUGCAGAUGAUCGUGAGCUUCACCAGUGCGAACUGCAGCCACCAGGUGCAGCAAGAAAUGGCUACCACUUUUGCUCGACUGUGCCAGCAAGUUGAUGUUACUCAGAAACAUCUGGAAGAAGAAAUUGCUAGAUUAUCCAAAGAGAUAGACCAACUGGAGAAAAUACAAAACAACUCAAAGCUCUUAAGAAAUAAAGCUGUUCAACUGGAAAGUGAGCUGGAGAAUUUUUCGAAGCAGUUUCUACACCCGAGCAGCGAAGAAUCCUAAGGACAAAGGCGCUGUAGGAGGAAGCGGACUGGGAAGAUGGGAAAUGUUACUUUUAUGAAAUGACCUCAGUACAAAUGACUAACUCUUAGUGUGGAUGCCCUGCGGAGGUUGUGGUGAUGGCCUGUCUCAGGGCUUGCACCUUUGCAAGUGUUGUGAUUCGUCUUAGCAUUAGUUUGGAGUAAAGACUGAAUUGUUCGGGUUAAAUGAUGAAUUCCUUUAGAAACAGUGGAACCCGCUGUGCGGCCCUCAGGGUGGGUCCUGCAGCUCCGCCCCAGGCUGGCUGUGGCUUCCAGGAGCUGCCUCCUGGCAUCCAGGAGUUAGAGACCUUUUCAUCCUCCUUCUCAGUGUACUUCCUGAUGCUUCUUUAAUGGGAAUAGUGAAUUUGUUUAUUAGCGGAUUUGUUCAAACCAGGGGUGUGGGCUGCUCCUGGGGGGGUCCUGCAAUCACUGUCCUCACAGCAAGGAUGUAACCACUACUAAACACAGUUUUUACUUCCUUUUAUUCCCAUUAAAGCUAAUGUGAAAUAGUAA